AUGUACACCCGGGGAGAAGCGGACUGGACUGAUGUAGGGUUGACGUCUCAGACAGAGGAUGACAUUAAGCUGGAGGACAACUUUUUCCAUCAGCCAGACUCGAAAAACAAGCCAUUGUUGCUGAAAAAUGAAAAGAUCCUCAUUGUGGACUGCGGGGCAACUCAUGUUGUUCUGGUUUCUGAAACAGGACAGAUUUUUGAGAGGAAUUACCGAGAACAAGCUGAAGCGGCACAUCCCAGGUUGCUGUCAAGUUUAAGUGACAGAAAAAUCAUUCAAAUUGCUUGUGGAAACCAUCAUUCACUGGCUCUUUCUAGAGACGGGCAGCUCUUUACCUGGGGACAGAAUACAAAUGGACAGCUUGGCCUGGGGAAAGGGGAGCCCAGUAAACCAUCCCCCCAAUCUCUGAAGUCUCUGUCAGGGAUCCCGCUGGCUCAGAUUGCUGCAGGGGGAGACCACAGCUUCGCUGUCUCACUGUCGGGGGCUGUGUAUACCUGGGGGAGGAACCAUGCAGGGCAACUGGGACUCGGAAACACCACAGAAAGAUUUAGUCCAACCCUCGUAAAGUCUUUACAGCUCAAGAAGACUGUGUUUAUUUCUUGUGGAGAGGAACAUACAGCCAUUCUUACUAAGGAUGGGAUAGUGUACACAUUUGGUGCAGGAAGUUUCGGGCAACUCGGACACAACUCAACAAGAGAUGAAGUCCGACCUCGACUAGUUGCUGAGCUGUGGGGGGAGAAAGUUUCUCAGAUAGCCUGUGGAGGGCACCACACUGUUGCUUACAUUUCCUCUACCAAUAAGGUCUACUCGUUCGGGUGUGGAGAGCAAGGGCAGCUGGGAACUGGACAGAAUAUUAAUCAAGAGGUUCCGGUUCCUCUAACACUAUCAGCAGCUAAUGAAAACACCCUCACUGUUGACAAAAUUGUUGCUGGAGGAAACCAGACAUUUGUGUUAUGCUCUCAAAUUGAGAAGCUUGAGCCUUCAGCAAACAUGUUCCCCUCAAGCACUGGUAAAGGGAUUUUCAGUAUCAAUGAUAAUUUGCUGGACAAAUGGAUCUCAGAAUGUGAGUCAAAAUGGAAGAACACAAAUAAAAAAAUUGCAUGGGUUUUCUCAUCUCCUUCUUGUCUUAAUGGGAGUUUUCUGGAACAAAGUAACGAUAAACACUUUAAAACAACCACUGAGACUGCAGGCAUGGACUUAUCCCUUGUGCGUCUUGCUUUUGAAAAGUUAGCAAAGAAUACGAAAGUGUUAAUGCAGGUUGAAUCUGUGGUUCUGAACAAGCUGCUGCCUUCUCUAACUGGGGCUCCAGCUGGAGUGGAAGCCUUGAGGGUUUACCUGAUUAUACCUGAACUCUUCAGAGCCCUCAAAACACCACAGAGUAUCAAGGAGGUAGCAUCUUCUCUAGCUGAAGCCAUUCUCAGACUACGGCCAAGCAGCAUACAAAUCCUUGAUGGAAGAAACAUGAAUGGAAAGAUACAUAUCAGAGAUACUUUAUGCUUUUCCUACCAUGCUGUGUUAUAUCCGAUUCAAACUUGUUUUAGAGUCCUUGUGGUCAAAGCUACCCAUUGCAAUCUUCAGGUUGGUUGUGACGAUAUACCAUUUUGUAUCCAACCGGUACCUUCACAGGGCGUGAACUCUAAUGCUGGUAACAGGAUUCAGGAGAAUAAGUUCUACAUAGCUGAAAUUGGACUUUUUCAGUCAGUGACAUUUGUAGAUGAAAACAGUGUUGAUCAUGGAGGACUAUCUCAGGAGUUCUUCUCUGUCAUCACCAGGGAGAUGCAUACAUUGGAACCUGGAAUAUUUAAACUCUAUGAAGACUGCAGACUAGUGUGGUUUAUUCCAAUGUCUGCAAAAAACAGAAACAGAAACAGUGACAUGUUCUUUCUGAUUGGAGUCCUUUGUGGAAUGGCCUUGUACAAUCGCUGUGUAGCAGAAUUCCACUUCCCUCUGGCCUUGUUCAAGAAGCUGCUGAAAGAAAAGCCCACACUGGAAGACCUGAGGGAGUUGUCUCCUACAGAAGCCAGGAGCCUUCAAACUGUUCUUGAUGAAGAUGAAGAUUCCGUAGACAGUUUAUAUUUGGACUUCACAGUUCAAGGACGUGAACUUGUGCUGAAUGGAAAAGACAUACUUGUCACCAAAUACAACAGAUUUCAGUAUGUUGAAGCAUACGUGGAUUUCGUGUUCAACAAAUCGGUCAAGAAGCAAUUUGAUGGUUUUAUGAAAGGUUUUAGAAAAGGAUGCCCCAGUAAGAUGUGGAAAAUAUUCCUGCCUGUUGAGCUUAUGGCAAUACUCAAUGGAAACACCAAAUACGAGUGGGAAGAACUAGAAAAGAAUGUAAAAUACAAAGGAUAUAAACCUACAGAUGAGAACAUCAGGAAUUUCUGGAAGGUAUUCCAUGAACUUGAUGAGGAGCAGAAGAAGCAUUUCCUUGCCUUUUUGACAGCAAGUCAGGAAGAGGAGGGAUGGCCAGUUUCAGCAUCACCAUAGCGAACAGAGAGAGAGAGGAUCCAGACGAAUACUACCCCGUUGCAAACACCUGUUAUCGAUUCUUGUACCUUCCCAAUUACAGCAGUGUGGACAUCUUGAAAGAAAAGUUCUUGCACGCAAUCACUUUUUAUGAAGGAUUUGGUGACUAUUAAAGCAAUCCUUUUUUGUUAUCCCUGCUACUAAUGUUUGAAAAUAACUUAGAUUACUGGUUUGAAAAUAUUUAGAUGGCCACUUUUGAGUUUACAUUCUCGUUUCCAAAUACUCCUUUUGAGACAUAAAACUGAUACUUAUUUUUGAAAUUGUAUUUUUGUUUACUAAUUACACGUCAUUUUUGUACACAACCUGUUGCUUGUUACUUCCCAGAGCAGUCUCGUGCACCAUGUGGAGCUGGUGGCUUCUGCCGCCCCUUCUAGAGAUCAAGCAGCUUAAGUCAGUUGACUUGUACUGUCUUACAGGCUGCUAAUAACUCUGGCUGGAGUUAAAAUAAAAAAUAGAAGUGUUUCGUUUACGAACGAUAUUGAUAUUUCCGAAAUGUAACUGUUAUUACUGUUUUUGGAGAAAAAAUGUCUCUUGUUUGUGUGUUUUCUGUCCUGCACAGAAGACGAGCACAGCGGGCUCAGCAGGUCUGCAUUAACUGAUUAAAAAUAAAACUUUGUUGUGUA